GUGAGGGAAGUGAGUCCGGGAAACAGGGACGAGAGGAGACGGACUGCAAUGAACUGAGGUCAGGGAGAGCUGCGGUUUGUGCUGCUUGCGGUAGCAGGACCUGCUAAGAGUUGUAUGAGAGAGAAGAGGAAAGGAGCAGCUCGUCGCCAUGAAGAGUCUAAAAUCCAGGCUGAAGAAGCACGAAGUCACCAUCACACAAACUGCUGACUGGAAUAAAUAUGAUGAACGCUUGAUGAGAUCGGCUGAGAGGGGAGAUGUCGAUAAAAUCUCACACACUCUUGCCAAGAAGGGCGUCAGUCCCAGUAAGCUGGACCUGGAAGGACGCUCAGCAUUCCAUGUUGUUGCUUCAAAGGGUCACCUGGAAUGUCUGAAUGCCGUCCUCCUACAUGGGGUCGAUCUUACAGCCCCUGACGCUGCAGGGAGAAAUGCCUUGCAUCUGUCAGCAAAGUAUGGACACUCCCUUUGUCUGCAGAAGCUUCUGCAGUUUAACUGUCCAACCGAGAAUGUGGAUCUACAAGGCAGGACAGCGCUGCACGAUGCAGCCAUGUCUGAUUGCUGUUCCAGUGCGCAGCUUCUGUGCGAACAUGGGGCUUCGGUAAAUGCCAAAGACUUGGAUGGGAGGACCCCACUGGCAUUGGCCACACAGAUGUGUCGCCCAGCUAUAUGCCAAGUGCUGAUUGAGAAAGGCGCCGAUAUCAAUUCCCGGGACAAACAAAAUAAGACUCCGCUCAUGCUGGGCUGUGAGUACGGAUGUCGGGAAGCUGUGGAAAUCCUGCUGAGAGCAGGGGCUGACGUUACACUGGUCGACUCUUUGGGACAUGACUGUACCUAUUAUAGCAGAAUUGGGGAUAACCUGGACAUCUUGUCUCUUAUCAGGACAGCAGUUGAGAGCUCUCCACGAGGGCCAGAACCUGUAAGAAGCAUGGUUUCUUUACGCUCUAAAUGGGCAAAGCAUAGUUCCAAGGAAGAUUCCUCCGUAAAAUCAAAAGAUCAGUCUCAGGACUUAGAAAAUGAAAAUGAAGAUCUCCGUGAUAGACUGAGAAAAGUACAGCAUGAGCACAGAGCGCUGCUGGAUAAAGUGGGAGGCUUACAGCACCAGCUCGGCCAGGAGCAGAUGAUGACUGAUGACCUGGAGAAUGAGAAAGAGGAGCUAAAGUCACUAUUGGAAGCCAAGGAAAAGGAACUUGAGGAGAGCCUGCGAACUAUGGAGAACCUGCGAGGGAAACUGAGAUAUUAUGAGCAGAAAAAUUCCUCUGCCCCCAACAGCCCUUUCAGCAAUGGUAGAGAAGACCUAGUAAUGAAGCAAAAUCUUGUUCUUAGCGCUGAUCCACAGCUUGCAGCUCACCUGCCGGCCAGGUCUCAGCUGCGACCUCUGGAACUUCCUGGGGAAAAUGCUGACCAGCGCCACGAAAUAGAAACCAUCCGCAGAUACUAUGAAAUGGCCAGGGAGGAGACGUUGAGGCUGCAGCAAGAGCUUUCAAGGAGAUCUUCAGAGUGUGUAGCUCUAGUAUCUGAGAGAGAUCGGAUUAAAGCUGAUUCAGACAAGCAGAUCCGUCAGCUAGAAGAAGCUCUGCGUGAUGUCCAGAAGCGCAUGCUGGACUCUGAAAGUAAAGUGAAGCAGAUGCAAACACAUUUCCUGGCACUGAAAGAUCACCUAACGCAAGAAGCUCUGAAUGGCUCCUCUCGUGCAGAAGAAUUACAGGAACAGCUGAGAGAGAUGAAAAGCAAAUAUGAAGGCGCAUCUGCUGAAGUUGGGAAGCUACGCAACCAGCUGCGUCACAAUGAGCUUCUGGUGCAGGAGCUGCGCAGAGAAGAUGGACGCAUGCGUAAGGAGAAUCGGUGCCUACAGGAUGAGCUAGCUGUGUGUGAGGAAGAAAAAGAACGUGCAGAACGAAGGGCCCAGGAGGCUGGAGAGCAACUGGCUCUUGCUGUCACCACAGACAAGUUUGAGAACAUGAGAUGUCUUCUGACAAAUGACGUAAAUGAAAAGUCACGGAGCUUGGAAGAGGCUAAGCAGGAGCUGACCAAGGUUAGGGAUGAUCUUGAAAAUGCUAAUAAAGAAAAGAGGAGGUCAGAGGCAAAGUGUGACGUGCUCAAGAAGGAGUUGGAUGAACUUAAGGUAAAGAAUAGCAUUCUCAGUAGGGAAGCUGAAAAGCUGCAGACUGAGAAGAUUCUUCUGCAGAGGCAAAUUGAAGAGUUAAAAGGAGAGCUAAGAAGUCAACAUGUCCCAGCACAACUGCACGCAGAGACCAAGAGAGCCUGCGAGGAAACCAUUGCUCUCCUGAGUCAGAAAUUAGCAGAGUCUGAGGCAAGUCACAGGAAGGCAGAGCAGGAGCAGGGGAGGUUGCUAGAGGAGAGGAGAACAUUGAAGGAGGGUAUGAUGCAUCUCCAGUCAUCCACUACACCUCGAGAAGAGCAUGAGAAAAAUAUGAAUGAUAAGCAGCUACGUAUCAAAGAACUGGAGAAGCAGCUGGCAGACAUGUCAAAAAAAUGUGAAGAGGAGGCAAAGAAAGCAAAAGCUUUUCUGGCAGAAAAUGUUAAUCUACGAGAAAACCACAUACCCCUGACUACACAUUUGCAGACUUCGGCUUCACUGACUGCAGAGUUAGAGAAAUCUAAAGCCGAGGUGGCCUCGAUCAGGAAACAGCUGGAAAGUGAGACAAAAGACAUGACAAUGGUCCGGACAGAGCUAGAGAGACUUGUUGCUAAGCAAACAGCGUUGCAAGCACAGCUCGACAGAGAGUCUGCACUGAAGUCUGACUUGCAGAAACAGCUGAAGAAUGAGGUUGCAAAGCAAACUGAAUUGCAAGAAAAGCUGAAGUGUGAGACUGAGAAGAGUGCAGAAUUGCGUGAUCAAGCAGCCAAGGAGGCCACUACCCGAGCAGAAUUGCAGACACUGCUGAACAAUACGAAGAAACAGUUGGGUUCUGAUUAUGUGACGCAAAAGGAACAUGCUGAGAAAGUGGCAGAGCUGCAGAAAUGCAACAAACAGAUUGAGCAACAGUAUUUGCAGGCACAUGCCAGUUAUAAGCGGGAAAAAGAGGAGGCUGGGAAGCUACAGGCAGCGCUCAAAGAACAGAGAGCCGAAUUGGACACAUUGCAGCACUGCAUUACUGAAAAAUAUGCUCCUCUGACCAGCAUCAGGGAAAAGGAGAAAGACUUCCAGACAAUAAGGAAUGAGAUGGAGUCUGAGCUACAGAAACAACAUCUCAUAACUCGGGCAACACAAGAUGAUCUCUCCAAGCAGAAGCAGGAAACGUUAACUCUUAAGAAAGACCUAGAGAUUGCGGAACGUAGCCUUGCUGAAGAACGUAUGUCUCGAAAGCGAGAAGAAAGUGCAAUGCUUGCUGAGUUGGAGGAACUGCGAUGCUGCUUAGAGCAGUUACAGAAGUCACAGAAAGACUCCAAAGAGAUACAUCUUGCGUUGCAGAAAGAUAAUCUCGAGGCCACAAUGAAACUCAAGGGAAUGCAGGAAAGUCUCAGCAGUCAAUACAUUCCUAUAGAAAGACAUAAUGACUUGCAAUCCACAUUGAAGAACACCAAGGCAACUCUAGAGGCUGAGCUUGAAGCCAAAGUAAACUUAUUUGAGAAGAUCCAAGAAAAAGUCCGAAACUUAGAACAAGAACUGGAGAACCUGAAAACCGGUUCUGUUUCCAACACCCAGCACGCCGAAGAAAAGGAGGUCUGGCAGAGGAGUGCUGCAGCAGCAGAACUGAAGUUAAGGGAAAAAGAGGAGAAAUGGCGGACGGCUGAGCAGGAGAUGAAUAGACUUCAUGAGGAAUUAAAGAAGGCACAUCAAAAUCUAGAAGAACUGGAGCGUUACAGCAAAAGGGAAAAAUCAGAUUUUAGUGUGAUUAGGACAGCUCUUGAACAGAGAGUGGCUCAGCUUGAGGAGGCCAGCAACAGGUUCAGAGAGGACAGCAAACGAGCAGCUCAGGACCUUCAAGAGGCUCUGCGUCAGAGCGAGAAAUUAAGGCAAAAGAGCAGCAGUCAAGAACAAGAGAUCAGUAAACUCAUGGAGAGGCACAAACAAUCGUUGUCUACAAUCGAGGGACUGAAGGAGAAAAUGCAGCGAUCAGCAGAAGAUGUGGAAAGCAAAGACAAGCAGAUCCAAUCUCUCCUUAAUGAUGUGGACAGGUUGAAGCUCAGUUUGUCCCUGCUCCCUGAGAAGAUGCAGUCUGAGGAGGCCCUGCAGAAUCAGAUCAGGUCUCUACAGUGCCAAUUAGACGAGACGCAUCGGAGACACCAGGAGAUUAUUUCCAUCUAUCGUGCACAUCUUCUGAAUGCGGUGCAGGGUCAUAUGGAUGCAGAUGUACAAGAUGCAUUACUACAGAUCAUACACAUGCGACAAGAACUUGUCUGCUGAUAUCCCAUCAAUGAACAGUCUAUGAUUUGGUGGGGUAGUGGGCAAUAAAGCUAUUGCAGGACACCUUACACAUUAUAAUCAUGGUGGCAGUUGAUACCCCCACACUGCAUACAUAAGUGUGGAAUGAGAUAUACACUGGAUAGGGGCUGGAAAGUUAACGUAUGUAAUAAGAGAAGUAUGAAUACGAUAGAGAAAAGGGAAAGUGAGGUAGGAGGAUGUGAACGUUAGAUUUUGAGAGGGUAAUGGCAAUGUUGGUUGUGAAGGAACAUGGAAGUGGCCAAAGUUUAUAGAAGAUGAGACCUAAGGAUAUGAAGAAAGACGAGCAAGUGUCAAAGAUGGAAGAUAUGUUGUAAGUGUCGAAUAAGAGAGACUGAGUACUGGGCUCUGGGGAGGCAGAGUGUGGACACUGGCAGGCUGGAUUGUAAUGUAGUGGAAAAUACAAGGCAAUGUGAAUAAUUUAUACGUAUCACAGCAGCAACUAAACAAGUCUUAGGGGCCUGUGAAGUUGAAAAUGGAGGUUCCCGCUGAAAGGCUUCUUAUAAUGUUUGAAAGACUAUGUCCAGCUUUCAGCACCAGUUUAGAUAUAAUCUGCAUAAAAAGUUCAGUAACUCUGUGACUACUUUACAUAACUUUUCGUGUACUGGUCCCAAAUUCCAGCCUGUGGUAUUCUCCAGAUCGUCCUUCCCCAGCAGCUUUAAUAAGCUCCUGAUAAUGCCGUGGGACAGUCUGCUUCUCCUACAUCAGACUUCUGUACAGUACACGCUGACAUUACCAGCUCAUGUUGUGCACAUUGUGCCAGCACUGAAUGAUUUGAGAUUUAAGCUCUGAAGCCGGCCAUGUUGUGAAUGCUACUCUGGAUUCAGGCUGUGAUCUGCAUUGGUUGUACAGGAUUAGAAAAAUGUCUGCUUGAAUGAUGCCAUACCUUUCCACAGAUUGUGUAUAAUACUGCAGCUUAGCACCGUUCAUUUCAUGUCAGUGAGGCUGAGCUGCAGGACCAGACCCAACCACAACUGGAAGAAAGAAGCUGUGUUUUUCUAAUACAGUACAACCCCUUUAACUAAGGCACCGCAUUUACAGGGUUAUUUAACUUUUUAUCUAGGUAAUUUUUUUUUUUUUUCUUAAAGGCUUUGUUCCAUCCUGCCGGCCUUAGGUGGCUGGGUUUAUGGAAACAGCCAAGCUGUCCGGCACUCCUAUUCACUACAAUGGAAGCUACGGAAACAGCGGAGCACCGGUCCGCUCCGCUGCGCUGUUUCUGUAAGCCCGGGCUUGUAAGGUCAGCAAACUGUCAUGUCUCCCAUCUGCCUGUGUCAGCUGAGACAUUUGACUAGAAAUCAAUGGAUCUGAAAAAUAGAAACUGUAUAAAUCUGAGGUUGAUUUAAAGAUGUGACGUUAGAAACUUGUAAGGAUGUCGUUUAGCAGAGCAGCAUGUUCAGUUACCUUUCUGUCACCCAAGGUAUGGACUUGGCUGGCCAGGUUCAGAAUCUACGCUUUUUAAAGAGACGUUAGAUCUUCUUAUGCCAGUUUACACUUUCCAAUAUACGUUUACACUCCCAGUAUAUAGAGAUAGAUAUAUUUAUAUAUAUAUUUUGUAUGGAUAUUUUGAUUCACGUGCCUGUUCUGUGGAAUCGGUCAGCUGGCCUGAACUCUGUUCCAUGUGAUCUUACUAUGUAGUAUAUAGUCCUUGGGGUGGCAAAGCUUUAUCGUGUAGACUUAUCGGCUUGGUGCUUGUUCUGUUUUUUUUAGUUUAGGUAAUAACCGUGUCUUCAGUUAUACGCAGGGUUUGGACUGUGUGGUGUCCACAACUAUGCUUAUCUACACUCCUUUGAGAUAUACUACAAGUUUGUGUUCACUGGUUCCGAACUGGAUUAAUAUAUAAAUUAUAAUAAACUUAGUUUGUGGGGAAA